AUGAAGGAUACUGCCUACAAAUUUAACGAUAUGUCCCUGCUUAAUACACGCUGGGUGUAUAUUUCUGUCUUGCUGUUCACAUGUUUUUCUACAUUGGAUUUUAAGAAAAUGUCAUUGAAAAACCCUAACGAUCGAGGAAGUAAUUUUAAACAGGAAUUCGGUUUCAAACCCCUCUUAAUGAAUGGUAGCCAUGUCUCGGGUACAUUUGAUGUGAUGAAGGGCGAGAGGAAACCGGAUUUUACUGACUUACCUAACUUUGAGAAUAGGUUUUCUUUUGUGAAGUAUACCUGCCAACCUGUUUCUGUAGCAGCACUUCUUUCAAGGCUCGGAACCACCUUAAACCUAAGCUACAUGUCGGUGAAGCCACCCGUUGACACGUCAAAUAAGACUGCUAAGAACACGAGUGGCAUUCGGACAGAUCAUCCAGAUCAACGACAGGUUUUUGCUGAGUUGGCGAACGAACCUUUGGAAAUUUAUAGUAAAAAUGAUCAUGAUGAUAAUGAGGACAACGACGGCGGCGACUACCUCAGCUACAACCACGAUGAUAGUAAUGAAAAGGAUGAUGAUGGGGCUGUAAGGUCAUUGGAAAUACUGCAACAGCGAAGGACAAAGAAAACGACAAACCCUGAUAUCGUCAAAAGAUUUACAGAUCGUCUUAGAAAAUCGCCAGAAAGCCGAGCAAAGCGAAGGAAAAGCAAUGAACAGAGAAGAUUACCUUGGCAAUGUACAAGUCGUCAUACGUGGCGUGACCUGGGGAACAACUAUUUCCCGCAGUACAUUCGAAGUGUUCGUUGUUUGAGCAAACGCUGCUGGUUCGAUCAUUACCGAUGCCAAGCGAAAUCAUCUCGAGUUAAGGUUUUGGUGCGGAAAUCAAACUCUUGUGUGCCAGUUCCAGUCAGUGAUCAGUCGAACUCACACUAUGAACAUCUCUGGGUUUUCAAGGAACGUUCAGUGACACUUUGCUGCGAAUGUGUUGAAGCUUGAUCCUUUUGUUUCACUCUCACCACUCGCCGCAUCAUUCUCACGCUUACACACACAUGCACACACAUCACAUGCACACGCUCUUACACAUACACGUACAGACACUCACACAUAUAUAUACGCACGCACGCACACGUACACAUAAAGGCAUACACACAUACGCGUGCACGCACACACAUAUUCACACACAAUUACAAGAAAGCUUUCACUUUAAAUCAAAAUUUACGGUCAAUUUUAUAUUCCAAUGAGAUAUCUAUCUAUCUCUCUCUCUCUCUCUCUCUAUAUAUAUAUAUACAUUCAUGCAUACGUACAUACAUGUAUACGUACAUACAUGCAUACGUACAUACAUACGUACAUACAUACGUACAUACAUACAUAAUAUAUACAUACAUAUAUGUAUGUGUGUUGUGUUAUAAUUUAGAACUUAAUUUUUGGAUACACAGUUGCAAAGUAACUGUAAAGUUAUCCUGGCUGCCGUUGCAUAAACCAUAGAUUUAAGGUUUCAGAACAUAAGAUUUUCUCGACCAGGAAUUGCUUUUGAAGUUCCACAGUCAAAAAUAUUUCAAAAAUGCAUUAAACUACAAUCAUACUGAAUUAUUCUCAUCGGAUAUAUAUUACACCAAUUACAAACGGAUAUUUUUUACUUUGUUGAACUACAGGUACACUUUCUAGGAAUGAAAUAGUUUUAAGAAAUUUCGAAUAAUGUAGGUAUGUAUGGGUGUGAGAGAGAGAGAGAGAGAGAGAGAAAGAAAGAAAGAGAAAUAAUGUGUGUGUGUGUGUGUGUAGGUGAAUGUGUGUAUGUAGUUUUGUGUAUAUUCAAUGUAGUGUGUAAAAUUUUGUUAAUCGACAUAUCGUGUGCACAUGUCAGUCAGUAUGUAUGUGCGAUUUGGUGUGAGUGUGUGUGAAAUCUCUUUAUAUGUAUGUUUCUGGUUUUCAUAAACUUCAUU